GUAUGUGCGGGCGCGCGCAUAGCCUUUACAAAUUUGUUAUUGUUGGAGCAAGCAGCAGCAGCGCUCUCUCUUUAGAUUUGCGCGACUGUAUGCAUGUGUGUGUGUGAGGUGUUGGGGCCCGACUAUGAGAUUUAUAACGCGACAUUUGCAACGCCACUUUGGAGCAUGACGGUUGUCUCUCGCGCGCAGCAGCUCCAAAAACACCCGCACAAACGCGAAGUACGUGACGCCUGGCUGCAGCAGCAGCAGCAGCGCAGCAGCAGUCCCGAAAGCGAUUCCGAUUCCGAUUCCGACUCGGUUCCCGUUUCCGAGCAGUGUAAUCCGCAACAGAUUCCCGUGUAUAUUGAUUCUGUGCAAGAGUGAGUGCAGCAGCAGUCGCAGCAUCGGCAGCAUCGCAGCCCCAACAUCUACUCCCACACUCUAUCUCUCUCUCACUCUCAAUGUGUUCGCGUUUCGUCUCGUGAUAUUCUGUACAACAAAAUACAAAUUUUUGCUUCUUGAAGGCGGCCCAGGCAGCGGCACGCCCUUUCAUUGUGAGCACGCGAGUGUUUGAGUGUGUGUGUAUGGCCAGCGGUAGCAGCAGCAGCGGCAGCACUAGAAAAAGGAGAUGCAGCUGGAGCAGCAUCCGUUCCAAUUGGAAAUCUUUUCAAAUCCCCGAAUAUCAAUUUGAAAUUUGAAAAUAUUGUCAAAUCAAAAAACAGUUAUAAUGUGCGAUAGAAAUUAACAGAAAACAAAACUCUCAAACCCAACAACAACAACAACAAGAGAGAGAGAGAGAAGCAACAACAACAAAAACCGCAAGUGCAAACCCCAACAUGAAGAUGGUUGAUAAAUCAUCAAAACUGGUCGAUAAAUUUGCCGUUAUCAGUGGUGCAGGCGGAGGAGGAGUCAGCGGCGUCGGCGGCCUACCCAUAAUGCCAGGGAGUGGAUUGCCUCCCUCUGGUGCCACCCCUGGGCACCCAGCAGCGGCCUUGUCAGGCAUCGGUGGAUCGGGUGGCGGCGCGAUCAGCAGCGGCUCGAAUGGACAGAAGCCGGUGCCCAUGAAACUGUUUGCCGCCUGGGAGGUGGAUCGAACGCCGCCCAACUGCAUACCCAGACUCUGCUCGCUGACCAUAACGCGUCUCUCCAUUUUGACUCCGCUGCCCGGGGACACCACCUCCCUCUCGCUGGCCGUAAAGAUGCAGAGCUCGAAGCGGACGCUCCGCAGCCAUGAGAUCCCGAUUAACGGAAGCGCCCUGACGGCCUUCCAGCAGGGGAACUCCCCGAUGGCUGGCGGCACAGGAGUGGCGGUGGGCGGAUCGUCGCCCGGGAACGUGGGCACUGGACAGGGCGUCGCUGUGCCGCUAACAGAGACCGAACUUGACUUGCACUUCAGUCUACAGUAUCCGCACUUCAUCAAGAGAGAUGGCAACAGACUGGUUAUUCUGCUGCAACGCCGCAAGAAGUACAAGUCGCGCACCAUUCUGGGCUACAAGACCCUGGCCGAGGGCAUCAUCCGCAUGGACGCGGUGCUCCAGAAGUCAAUGGACAUGGUCAUCGAGCUGACCGCCUCCGGGAAGAACGGCAGGCCGGGCACUGUCGUGGCCUGUCUGCGGGCCGAGCGUGUCUCCUCCAUUCCAGUGGAUCACGACAAUAAGAACAACAACAGCGUCCUGCUGGCAGAUCGCGUUGCGGAAUACUCGGACGAGGACGAGGAGGCCGAAUUCAGUUCGGGGGAAUUCAACGACGAGGCCACUGAGCUGGGAAUCAUCCGGGGCUACGACCAGAAGGGCGACUACAAUCCGUCAUCCAAGCAUGAUAUGCGCAAGUAUCGCAACAAGCUGCAAAGAUCGGGCAUCGAGGAUAUAGGCGGCGGACACGGCCAUCACACCGGACAGCAUCAUCCAGGAGUCGGAGUCGGAGGCGACAGCGACAGCGAGUUUGAAAUGAAGGACAAGAGCUCGUCACGGGCUAAGUUCGGCCGGACAAUUUCUCUGCAGCAGCGAAACUUCAAGCAAAAGAUUGUGGCCCUGCUGAAGCGCUUCAAGGUCAGCGAGGAGUUGGAGGGCGAGUCCGGGCACCGGGGCACGGCUGCGCUGCGAGGAGAGCGCGACUUGGAUGCACUCUUCCAGGAGCUGGAGUCGCUGUCCUGCUGCGAGGGCGAUGACUCCGGCCCGGACAUGGACAGCAUCUCGAUCGGCUCCACGCCCAAGCCCUCACUGCGUCCGUUCUUUACGAAUUCGCGGAUCAUGCUCCACGAUGCCGGCAACGGCUGCCCGAUGCUCCUGGCAGGCGGUGGCGGCGCGAGUCUCGUCAUUGGCACUAUGGGCAACUCUGAGCGCCGAUCAUCGGAUAAAAGCGACCAAUUGACAAAUUCAUCUUACAAUCUUGAAAAUAACAAACAAAACCAAAAAUGCAUUCAUUUAACAAACAAUAACAAUUCGGCAACAACACCAGAUCGCGGUGGGAAUGAUAGCUCCGGGAAUGAGGGAAACGCCGGAUAUACCGAUGGCCAGAACUCGGAUCCACAGAACAGUCCGCCGCGGGACAAGGACUACAUGCGGAUGCAGCAACAGCUGACGCCCGUGAGCUCGGUGGCCACUAGCAUGGGCAGUGCCUCCGGAAUGGUGACGCCCGUCCAGACCGAGAAGUUUGCGCGUCUGUUCCGCACAUCCAGCAAUGCGCCAUAUCCAGCGGGAGCGGUCGGCACCAGCGGCGGAGGUCCCAACAGCGCCCAGAGUGGCGGCAAGCGGAAGCACACACUAAGCUUGAGUACGGAGCCCAGGUCUGUGCUGGAGACCUGUCUGUCGCCUACCAAUGUGGAGCCGCGCAAGCUAUUGCUCGACCAGCUGAGUCGUGUAUUCGCCGGCGAGGACAAUGCCAUACCCGAGGUGGUGACCAUCAUUAGUCCCCCCGAGGCCCUGGGCGGCAGCAGUCUGUUGGCCAAGUUGGUGACGCUUUUUGCCAACUCGUUCAAGCCGGCCUUUGUGCCACAGAACACCGCCGAGGUGAAGGCCGUCUUGCAGGCACUCAUGGCCAAGAUCCAGAAGUAUUGCAACUCGAAUGCCAAGCCACCGCACACGGUCAAGGUGCUGCUUAUUGGCGGCGAUUGGCUGCAGGGCGCCACACUGCGGCACUAUGUCGAGCUGAUGGGCGUCCGUCCGCCCGACUGGCUCAACCAUUUGCGCUUCUAUCUAGUGCCCAUCGGCGGCAGCUGCGGCAGCGUGGCCCGCCACCUCAGCCAGAUGGAUCAGGCAUACGCAGCGAUGUUCGGCUCCGAGAACUGGAUGCAGUUGUGCGAGAGGGCGGCGGCUACAGCGGCGGCCGUGAGUGCGGUGACCACCGUGAAUGCCACCGCUCUGACGGCCAAUCUGGCGGAUGCGGCUGGUGUGGCCAAGUCGGACAUUGCUGAGCUGGUGCAGCGCAUCCAGCGAUAUUUGCAUGCGGCCGGACCUUGCACCCAGAUACCCAUUGCCGAGGCAAUGGUCAACUAUAAGGACGAGGACUCUUGCCAGAUCUUUGUGCCGUUCGUUAGUGACGUACGCAUCGGCUACUCGGAUGCUCAGGCCUCGCUGGAUCUCGAGGAGAAUGCUGCUGGCUCGAAUGCAGCGCUCUCUGCGCUGAACUCUUCAUCCGCCAGCAGUUCGGCCAUACCCAUUGGCAGCCAAAGCUCGCCCAAUGUGCAUGGCGCCGUAUCGGGUUCGCCUCCCCAGCAGCAGAUCCUGGGACGCAUCUCACCGCCGCUGCAGACGCCACCGUCAUCGGCCUCGUCGCAUCGGGAGCGCAACACCAGCGAGUCGCUGAGCACACCCUCGUCGCUGCAGCAGCAGUCUUUCAGCGGAGCUUUGGCCGCCGUUGAGGCAGUAGAACUGCAGGUCGACUAUUGGCCGCUGGUGCGGCCUGGCGAGACGCACACGAAGGAGUCGAAGGGCAGCACGUCGAAGGGCGGCGAUGCCGGCGGUGGCAAGAAUAGCAUUAAGAGUACGUUUAGGAAUCUGCAGGUGUGGCGUCUGCCACAGCAUGCACAGCAAUUGGGUGAUAUGUUCAAUGGACUGACUGUUAGUUUCGCCACCAAGGAGAAGAAGCAGAAGCAAAUUAUGCGCCUAGGCAAGAAGAAGGACAAGGAACGUGAUCUCGAGAAGGAGCAGUGCGUCGAAGGAGUGGCACGCUUGAUUUGCUCACCCAAGCAAUCGCAUCCAGUGCCACUGCGUGUGUAUAUCGACGGCACCGAGUGGACUGGAGUCAAGUUCUUCCAGGUCUCGUCGCAAUGGCAGACGCACGUCAAGAACUUCCCCAUCGCUCUCAUCGGGUGCACACCCAUGUCCUGUGCUGAAUUAUCCUAGUCAUUUUAAUCGUCAAUCGCGCUCACAUGGGUUCCCCCGGGUUCCCAUGGGUUCCCCCCACAGAGAGACACUAAAACACACUGACACAGACACCCCUACCAUCCCUCGUGCAUGGCGAGCACUUGCGCGGCAAUAAUUAUUAUAAACUGAAGAAGAAUGAUAAUUUAUUUUAUAAUUAGAAUUUGUAAAUUUUUAGUUAAUAAAACCAUUUAGCAUGUAAAUCUUCUUUAAGUUCAUUUCCGCAAACAAAUUGUGAAUUCAACCGAUACUUACGACCCCCACAGCCACAGCAACACAUCACACAACACAGAAGCAGACCGAUAAGAGACAUCAGCAGAAACACUAUUAGCUAACUGACAAGCUUCAAAUAGCUUAGUUAUAGAAAACGACAAAAAGUAAGAACAACGCGUAUCAAUAUAUCCUGUACAAGAACUAAGCAAAAAACAAACGUAAAAAAACUAAA